GCUCAUCGUCCCAAAAUUGGAGGUUCUGCGAGUCAGAUUGGGUCUGGCGAAGUUCCCUGGAAGAUGGGAAAAUACCAGAAUUAGGAUUUUAGUAUAUUUAGCCCGGGAAUACCGUUGUUUGGAAUAUUUUCAGCGCGCAACCACUAUGUAUGCCGAGGCCUUCGCGGUAUUGGGUGAUUACAAGGGCACUGUCACGAAAGAAACACAGGUGGAGUUAUUCCUUCAGUACGCAGUCCACAUAGCAAGCACGGGAGACGCAGAUCAGGCGUUAGCAGGGUACAAUAAUGCUUUGGCACUGAUGGAGAUUAUCGAAGCAGAGAGGCCAUCAUCGGGACCGAGCAAAGCUAACUUCCGACUCUCAUCAUUACUAACAGCUGCACUGGCUUCUCAGGCAUUUUCCUCCAUCCAAAUAUCGAGGGACAAUGUGACAGCUGGGAUUGAUGGCUUACUGCAAUCUCUCUGCCUGUCAUCAGCAAAAAAUUGUUAUGCUCCUGAGUGCUCCGGAGUAUCGAGAGCACUGGGAGAAUCAGGAGGAGAUUGGCCGGUCCAGGAACAGCCCAUUUCCUCCGGAGUUGGCUAGGUACUCCAGGGCACUCCCAGGAGGGCCUGGAGCAUUGCUUUGUGCACAAACAUAUCCAGUAAAUACAAUUUAAAUGCUUCAAAGUGUAUAGGGG